GACGGUGUCGUUUGGCAUUGUACGGAGUCGCUUUGCUAACUAGAAACAGGAAGGGAAAACAAGAGAGGAAGGACGGUACAAUGGGGUAUGUUCUGAGAGUGAGAUUGGCGUCCUUCUUCACGGGCGCCGCAUCGGCGUCAUUUGCCGGUCUCUACAUCCUUCACAGGGAUUACAAGAUUGCGCAGGAAUCCUUUACUCAACAGAUGAAAGGUGUCCACGACUCGUUAGACCGACGAAUUUCUUCUCUUGAAAAAUUGAAACACACGGAAGCUUUGGAACCAGCGGAAGCAUCAGAAUAGCAGCGUUAGCAGAGUUGAAGUCAUUUAUGUAGUUGAUUGUUGUGGAACCUACACUGGAUGGACUCAUUAUGCAAACUGGUUUCUCACUGUUUUCCUAUCGUCCGGAAUAAGUGCAAUGUAACUCUUUCUUGUGGCACUUGAGAUAAUUCAUCGUUAACGGAAAGAGCAAGGAUUCAUUCUGUAUCCACUUGAAAUUUGGAACCAUUUUUAAUGUUGUGUUUUGAUUGUGUAGUUUCGUGCUUCCUUGUUCUUCUUGCGAGAACGUGUUUUGAUAUCCCUAGUGUGGAGGGUUGGCUUUCAACAACCGUGUUAAUUUUUGGCAAUUUAUGGCUAUCAUCUAAUAACGAUUUUAUGUUUGGUUGCUGA